AUGGGGACCGUAGCGGGUGCGGGCGCUGCCCGGGCGUGGCGUCACUCGAAUGCUAGGGUGCAGCGGCCGGCGAGCAGAUGCGGAGGGGCGGAGCGGCGCGCGCGGGGUGAGCGAGGCACGGGCGAAGCGGUUAGGGACGGCGCGCUCGGAAACGGACGGCGUGACGCGUGCGGUGAGGCGGAGGCGAGGCCUAGAGGGCGCAAGGGGGACGCGCGGCCGCGCGGGGGGGGAUGCGUCGACGUAGGGACGCGCGCGGCCGAGAAACGAUGGCCGCGGCAGGAGGCGACGGCGGCUGAAGACGGGCGCGAGGCAGGGGCGGCAGACGUGCGGGAAGCAGGGGCGACGAAAGGAAGUGGCGGGCGUGGCGGUUCUGCUCGGGAGCGGCUGGAGCUUGCGGGCGGGCGCACGAAGAUGGUGCGGUCGUUGGUAGUAGUGGCAGCAGGGAGUGGUGGCAUCGAGCACGGCGCAGGCGGCGCGUUAACGGGCGACGCCGAUAGGCCGCGGGCGGACGAGCGGGAGCGCACUAGGUUCGGUUCUCGCAUCGUGCAGAGCUGCGGGACGCGGCCGGGCGCGGUGAGCGUGGGACAGAGAGGGGAAGGAAGGGAGCUCACGGACGAUGCAGGGCAUGGGGCAGUGGGGAUCGUGGUGGGGGACGGGGACGACGCGACGUGGUGGAGGCAGACCGGCGGGGAGGACGAGGCAGGCCGGCGAGGGCGGGCCCCACAUGUCAAUGGCCUAGGGGGCCUUAGCGGGCACGCGGACAGGCGGGUUAUGGGGACCAUAGCGGGUGCGGGCGCUGCCCGGACGUGGCGUCACUCGAACGCCAGGGCGCGGCGGGGCGAGGCUGCCGAGGCGCCGGUGAGCGGCGGCCGGCGAGGAGAUGCGGAGGGGUGGAGCGGCGCGCGCAGGGUGAGCGAGGCACGGGCGAAGCGGUUAGGGACGGCGCGCACUUGGAAGCGGACGGCGUGA